CAAAGAAAUAUCUACUGCGUGAGGUUUUCCGAUUGAAGAAGAAGAAGAGAAGUAAAAGCAGUUCACGAGCUCUCACCAGCUCUGCAACUUAUCUUUGUUCCAAUUUGACUGAAAAGAAAGUAAAGAAAUGAAGAACAGAAGAAUUUGUUGAAGGUAAGUAAGCUUCACGGACUUGAACUAAUAAUCCGUCUCUGUCUUCAUCAACCAACGGGGUUCUUGAUCGUUUGAUUGCAACGGAUGAUCGAUCCCGCGUCACGUUUUUGUGCGCUGGCUCGAUCGUGAUUAGGGUUUGUUUACCGGUUUCUUUUAGUCUGAUAAUGUGAGCUAGACUUUGUCGGAGAAGAAGGUAUUGUUUCGAUGGAUCGAUCUCAAGUCAAUGUUGGUCCUGGUAUGGAUAUGCCGAUAAUGCACGACAGCGAUCGGUAUGAGCUCGUUAAAGAUAUUGGUGCGGGGAAUUUCGGCGUCGCAAGACUGAUGAGGGAUAAGCAGACUAAGGAGCUUGUCGCUGUGAAGUACAUCGAGCGGGGGGAGAAGAUUGAUGAAAAUGUACAAAGGGAAAUUAUUAAUCACAGAUCACUAAGGCACCCCAACAUUGUUAGGUUCAAAGAGGUCAUAUUAACGCCCACCCAUCUGGCUAUUGUGAUGGAAUAUGCAUCUGGUGGAGAGCUGUUUGAACGCAUAUGCAACGCAGGCCGGUUUAGGGAGGAUGAGGCUCGCUUCUUCUUCCAGCAACUUAUAUCAGGAGUCAGCUAUUGUCACUCAAUGCAAGUAUGCCAUCGAGACUUGAAGUUAGAAAACACACUGUUGGAUGGAAGUCCUGCCCCUCGUUUAAAGAUAUGUGAUUUUGGAUAUUCUAAGUCAUCAGUGCUUCAUUCGCAACCAAAGUCAACUGUUGGAACCCCUGCAUACAUUGCUCCAGAAGUUCUACUGAAGAAAGAGUAUGAUGGCAAGAUUGCAGAUGUGUGGUCAUGUGGUGUAACCCUUUAUGUGAUGCUGGUGGGUGCAUACCCUUUUGAGGACCCAGAGGAGCCGAAGAACUUCCGAAAGACUAUACAGCGAAUAUUGAGUGUCCAGUAUUCAAUCCCCGACUCUAUUCACAUAUCUCCUGAGUGCCGCCACCUGAUCUCAAGGAUUUUUGUCUCCAACCCAGGAACGAGGAUAAGCAUGUCUGAGAUCAGGAACCACGAGUGGUUUCUAAAGAACCUUCCUGCGGACCUCAUGGAUGAUGAGAAAAUGAACAACCAAUUUGAAGAACCUGAUCAACCAAUGCAGAGUGUUGAUGAUAUCAUGCAGAUCAUAGCUGAGGCUACCAUACCUGCUGCAGGAACUCGUAGCCUCAAUCAGUAUCUAGCUGACGGCCUGGAUAUGGAUGAUGAUGACAUGGACCUGGAGACUGAUCCUGAUCUUGAUGUAGACAGCAGUGGGGAGAUAAUCUACGCAAUGUGAGCAGCAGGCGAUGCAUCUAUGGUUUGCAUGCUAACUUUUGUGCAAAGCUCACUACAAUUAUUCUUGAGCAACAUGUGAAGGUUGGGGAAACUGGGGCCUGUGAGGCUGAUCAAUGUGCCUCUGCUAAAUUAGUAAGAUGGAAAAGCGGGUACCCCCACUUGCUUGACUACUGUCAAUCAUCCUAUGCCUAUCGGAGUGUGAAAUGUUCAUAAUUCACUUUUAACCAGUCUAUAUGUUUUAGCAAGGAAUUAAAGGUUGUGGGAUUCUAGGAUCUGGAAAUUUGAUGGGUCAGGUGAGAACGAAUCUCUCCUCUAUUGUUGUCCUGUUUAUUUAUUUUGAGUUCUAGUGUUUGCUUUCUUUUGUCAUCACCUAGUGGCAUAUAUGUACUUUCAUUAAAUCGGGUUGCUCCAAGCAUGAUGGGUUUUCCUUGUA